UGCAGCAGUGGGAGUGAUGCAGGGAAACGUGGGAAACUCCUCUCGCAUUCCCAGAGCUGACAAACACUCCCUGCCCGGCUGCUUCGCUCUCAGACUGACCAUGAUCCUGCAGCAGUGGCAGCUGAUUCUGGCUCUGGAAUGCAUCUUUGUAUGUAUCUCCAGCCAGUUUUUACUUGAGAAGAGACGUUGUGUGUUCCAAGUGUCGCCACAGAACGAGAGAUAUCUGAGCGCUGGUAACGUGAGUGGGUCGGUGCAGGUCUGUGAGAACACGUCCUGCUGUGUGGGGUAUUUUCUGGUCAUCGAUGGGCAGCCAGAGGUCGACGUCCUCGCUUGUGACGUGGCUGAAAAGUCUUGUCCGGAUGCAACCUGCAAGACACAAACACGGUUCGGCGGACGCGUCAUUAAAUGUGUUUGCAACACUGACCUCUGCAAUGACAAAAUCACCUGGACCCCCGACUCAGAGCAGCCUCAACUCGCCUGCUCUUAUUCUGUAGAUGAAAUGGUGAAAGCUGCUGUGAUAGUUCUGGUUGGAGCUUUGCUCGUCCUGUGCUUCACGAUCGCUGCUGCCAGAUGGAGAAACCUCUUCAAAGACAAAACAGAGAAUCUACAAGUCGUCCCUCAUGAUUACAGUGUCUCGCCACUGUGCUCCUGCCAACAAACAACGAAAACCUCUGAGAUUGACUUAGCUGACAUUGAAAUACAGCGGAUUUUGGGUCAAGGCUCUUUUGCAACUGUCUGGCAGGGGAAAUACCAGGAAUCCACAGUGGCUGUGAAAGUUUUCCCUGCAGGCUGGAAAUAUAAAUUUACUGCAGAGAGGGAGGUUUAUGAGCUGCCACUGAUGAAGCAUGCUGGGAUUCUGCACUUCCUGGGCACUGGGAGGGAACCGGAUGCUGGCAGUUUGUUCAUUGUUCUGCAGUUUGCUGAGUAUGGUUCUCUCCAUUCCUUCCUGUGUAAACACACCACCACCUGGACGCUGUCACUGAAGCUGUGUCAGUCUUUAUCACAGGGACUUUCCUAUCUCCACUCUGACCUUCGCAGAUAUGAUGUGCAUAAACCUCCUGUGGCCCACAGAGACCUCAGCAGCUCCAAUGUGCUCGUGAGAGCCGACGGUACCUGCGCCCUGUGUGAUUUCGGAUGCUCCACCGUCCUGUGUUCCUGCUCAGAGGCAGCCAGCCGGCACAGCCACACAACGAACAUGAAGGGUCGUCCUCAGUGGGGCACACUGCGCUACAUGUCCCCUGAGAUCCUGGAGGGCUCUGUGAACCUGAGGAGCAGCGGGUGUUUCACGCAGGGGGACGUCUACGCGUUGGGACUGCUGCUGUGGGAGAUCUGGAUGCGCUGCUCUGAUUUAUUUGAAGGCAGCAUCGCUCCACAGCAUCUGCUGCCUUAUGAAUCUGAGCUGGGAGCUGACGUCUCGCUGGAGAGCCUCAUCGUGUUUGUGUCUGAGAUGGACAAGAGGCCGUCCAUACCCAAACACUGGGAGCUGCUGCCACAGGGACCUGCUCUGCUGCAGCUCCUGGCAGAUUGUUGGGACUGUGACCCGGAGGCCCGACUGACAGCUCCCUGUGCUGUGGACAGAUUAGUUUCUCUUCAGUCCUGUUUCUCUCCAUGACUCAAUCAUUUGCACUCUUCUCUGUGUCACUAUUAUUUUUAAUCAGGUCGAACUCUGCAGGUAAACACUUUGACUUGAGCGUGUUUCCAUUACUCUCCUUCUCUCUUUACAUUAUAGAAAAAUUCAAAAUGAAAUCCACGCUGUCAUGCUGUAAAUAUAAAUAUAAUUUGGGUUUUAUGAUUAAAUAAUAAUAAUAAUAAUUACUCUGUUUUUCCUAUCAUGACGUCUAAUUACUGUAUUUGUAUUUACAUUAAAAGACAUGCUGCACAUUAGUUUGUUUGGUCAUGUGGGUGAAUAAAGUUUUGAGUUAUUC